AUGAGGAACAAGGCCUCUGUUUUCCUCAAGCAGAUGCUCUCUCUUCUGGUCUCCAUCGGCAAGGCCAAGGCACUGGCCGCCAAAUGCAAGACAAGCACAGCCAAAACCAGGCUCCUCGUCCUCGGCCUCUUCCGCAACAAGAAGGUGCUCCUCAGCUCCCUCGCCCACAAGAUUCACAUCCUCAUCGGUCAUGAGAAAAACGACGGGCUCCCUACUGUGGAAAAUGAGGGUUCAAUGGCGAUCCCUCACUCUGAGGGACCAGCUACGACUCAGGAAGCCGUAGCGGAGGAGGAAGAAGAAGAGGACGAUGGGUAUCCUGAUCUGAGGCACUCGCUCUUCGAUGGGGAUGACGAGUUCGGUGGUGACGAUGGCACGGGGUCCGUUAUCGAUUUGGUAAAGAACGCCCGAGGGGAGGACCAGGGGGAGUUCGUCCUCGAGGAUGAGAUCGACCACGUGGCCGACAUGUUCAUCAGGAGGUUCCACAGGCAGAUCAUGCUGCAGAAGAUGGAGUCAUUCAAGAGGUACCAGGAGAUGCUCGAGAGGAGCGUCUAA